UGCUAUUGUUUGGUUUGGUUUUGGGGAUAUUUUUUCACCCUACUUGUCAAAUGAAUUUUAAAUGUCAUUAAACAUUACAAUUUUUUAUUAACAUUGAGGUUAUCUUAGGGCUAUAAUUUUUUUCUCUGAAUACAACUUCAGCUGUAGCCUAUACAGUUUUCAUCUCAAGUAUUUUAUAUCAUUUAUAACUCGAGGUUUGAGUUUCCUUUUAAUCCCAAAGUUUUUAAUUUUUUUUUACUUAAAAAAAUUAUUCACUGAGAAUUUGUAUUGGAGUGUGAUUUAAUCAUACAUUGCUGCCUCUCUAUUCAACUGGUAUUAUUUUCUGGCCCAAAACAUUAGGUUUUGCAAAUAUUUCGUGGGCUUACAUAGAUAUGUAAAUAAAUUGAACUUUCUGUAUUAUUCCUUUUUUCUUAAACUUGGGGGGGGGCUUUUUUUUUCUAAACUUGUAUUUUUGUCCGCAGAUUUACCUAAUUCUGGAAUGGCUGUGCUGGCCCGCGGCCCAGCCUAAUGUCCAUCCAGCACACAGUCUCGGCAGUAGCAGGAGAUGAUAGGGCUGAAGGCCCCAGAGGGUGGGGCCAGACACUUGAUCUGGUUGCCAGGAAGCAAGAUGGGACAUAAUGGGUCUGAGAGUUUGAUGCGAGUUUGUCAAACUGCCCGGCUUUGCUUUCUCAAGAGGGUAACCAUCGUAGCAGGUGCUGCAAGCCCCUAAGCGGCCCCGCCUGCGCCAUGGGCUCAGAGGUCUGGGUCGGCACUUGGCGGCCACAUCGGCCCCGCGGCCCCAUCGCGGCACUCCACAGAGGCCCAGGGCCCAAAUACAAGCUGCCACCGAACACCGGUUACAUCCUGCACGACCCAUCUCGGCCGUGCGCGCCCGCCUUCACCUUCGGCUCGCGCCUGCCCUCGCAGCACACAACCUGCGGGCCGGGACCGAGCCACCUAGUGCCCGCCCGCAUGACCGUGCGCGGAAUCGAUGGCACCCCAGCCUUCUCCAUCUAUGGUCGCCUACGCCACACAGCGCCUGUCCUCACUCCGGGACCGGGCAGAUACUUCCCAGAACGCGCGGGAAACGCAACGUACCCCAGUGCUCCCCGGCAUACCAUGGCUUCCCGAAACUGGGGCAUCCUCUCGAAGCAGCAAACCCCAGGCCCUGCGUCCUACACUGUGCCUUCGCUCUUGGGUCCUCGUGUCAUAGGCAAAGUCUCAGCCCCAACCUACUCCAUCUAUGGCCGCAGCGCUGUGGGCAGCUGCUUCGAGGACCUCAGCAAGGUGGGGGAAAGAGUUGCCAGCUGGCUGAACGUCUCUAGUAAUCAAGAGGACCCCAGGCCCCUGUGCCUACCACGUUGUGAACCCGGGGGUCUACAAGACUCGAGCCCCGCAGUUCACGAUGCUGGCACGGACUUCGCCACCCCAAGAAAGCACUCCGACGCCAGGACCCGCAACCUACAGCGUGGAAGAGCACCGGAAGCCUCGUGGCUGGAGCUUCGGGAUCAAGCACUCAGACUACCUGGCCCCCAUGAUACCGUCCCACGUGGAAGACUGACUCUAGCAGGCACGCACCGGCCCUCGGUUGUUUUCUUAAAGCUUUCCAAGCCGGCACUGUGUGUGUGCUUCUCUCUCUGCGUGGUUCGGCGGGUGAGGGGUGGGGCAGAUGAGCGCGAGCGUCGAUGGUGCUAG